CAAUAAGGAUAUUCCCAAACAUUUAUCAAUAAAAAACAAAAAGGAUAUUCCCUAACAUUUUUUAUUAACAAAAACAAUAAGGAUAUUCCCUAACAUUAUACUUAACAUUACAUUAUAUAAACGACAAAGGAAAACUAAACCUACAACCAUUGUACAAGUUCUUCUCCGGUCUAGAAUUGAUAUUUCAACCUCCCAAAAUAACAAUCCCACCCCACCAAAUUAAAAUGGACCAAAAGCUACAUGCUGUAUUAGUGCCAUACCCAGCACAGGGUCAUGUUAAUCCCUUAAUGCAACUAGCUAAACUCCUGCGUUGCAACGGUUUCCACAUAACCUUUGUGAACACUGAAUUCAACCACAAACGUUUGGUAAACUCACUUGGACAAGAUUAUAUGAAUGGUCUACCAGAUUUUCAAUUUGAGACCAUACCUGAUGGUUUGCCUCCUUUUAAUAAAGAUGCAACACAAGAUAUUCCAACGUUGUGUGAUGCAACUAGAAAAAAUUGUUAUGCUCCUUUCAAAGAGCUUCUCAAUAAGCUUAAUACUUCAUCACCACAUAUUCCAGUUACUUGCAUUAUUGCUGAUGGUCUUUUUGGUUUUGCUGGAAGAGUAGCAAGAGAUUUGGGCAUUCAAGAAAUACAGUUUUGGACUGCUUCUGCUUGUGGGUUUGUGGGAUAUUUGCAUUAUGAUGAACUUGUCAAAAGAGGCAUUCUUCCAUUCCAAGAUGAACAUUUUGUUUGCGAUGGCACCUUGGAAACAAGUAUAGAUUGGAUCUCAGGAAUGAAAGAUAUCAAAUUAAAAGACCUUCCAAGCUUCAUGAGAGUCACUGAUCUAAAUGAUAUUAUGUUUGAUUUCAUGGGUUCUGAGUCACAAAACUGUUUGAGAUCAUCAACAAUUAUAAUCAACACAUUUGAAGAAUUAGAAGAUGAAGUCAUUGCUACACUUAAGACCAAAAACCCUAACAUAUAUAGCAUUGGUCCACUUCACAUGCUUGGUAGCAACUUUCCUAAAAAGGAACAUGGUUUUAAGGCAAAUGGUUCAAGUUUAUGGAAAAGUGACCUAGAAUGCACAAAAUGGUUGAAUAAAUGGAAACCUUGCUCAGUUUUGUACGUUAAUUAUGGAAGUGUAACUGUUAUGACAGAUCAUCACUUGAAAGAAUUUGCUUGGGGAAUAGCAAAUAGUAAAUUACCAUUUUUAUGGAUAAUGAGACCAGAUGUAGUAAUGGGUGAAGAAAUUUCAACUUUGCCACAAGAUUUUCUAGAUGAAGUUAAGGAUAGAGGAUACAUAACUAGUUGGUGCAUGCAAGACCAAGUGCUUGCUCAUCCAUCAGUUGGGGUUUUUCUAACUCAUUGUGGUUGGAAUUCUACAAUUGAAACCAUUUCUUCAGGUGUUCCUACUAUUUGUUGGCCCUUCUUUGCUGAGCAACAAACAAAUUGCAAGUAUUUAUGCGACACUUGGAAAGUAGGAAUGGAAAUUAACAAUGAUGUAAAAAGGGAAGAGAUAACAGAACUUGUACUGGAAAUGAUGAAAGGAGAAAAGGGAAAACAAAUGAAACAAAAGAGCAUAGAGUGGAAGAAGAAAGCUAAAAAGGCUAAUGAUUUUGGAGGAUCAUCAUACACUAAUUUCCAUAAGUUAAUUACAGAGGUUCUUCGUCACAAUGCUUUUUGAGUCUUAUUAUUAUUGGUCUAAUAUGAAAUUUAUCUUGUUUUAUUACUGUGUUUAAGUAUUUCUUAUUUCAGCUGCAAUCAUUCUCAUGUUGGCUAUCUUGCAUUAGUGUAUGGAGAGGGUGUCUUCAUUUUCUCAUAAUGUUACAAUGGUUGGUUCAUGUAAUCACAUAGGCAAUUGUAACUAAUGCUGCUUUAUUUAUCUUUGAUUAUGUUCUUUGUUGCACAACUCGUUUGAUUGAUUUGGAAGUGUAAUAUUUUGUUGGUA